CGCUCACAGACCUACAGGACGGCAACGGCGACCUCUCAAAAAGCCCUAAACUCGUCAAAAAAGCGCCCUGGGAUGACUUUGUGCGACGGGGCUCGAGUUUUGGGUCACUGAGGGGCGGUUUGUGAGGAGAAUCGUGCGGCUGGGUGUUGUUAUUUUUGGGGCAGCUGAGUGGUCAUUGGCAGAGCUCAAUACACAACAGCUCGCGAGAGGAAUAAAAACACACUUCAAGCCUCUAAACACCCUCGUUUCGCUCCAUUUACAUGGACUUUUGAUGAUUUCUUUUACGUUUUAGUUGAUCAGCACAACGCAGGAGAAUAAAAGUGGAGGUGAGUCUGGCUCUGUGGUACUGUACUUUAACCUGACCCGAGACUCGACACCCCCCCUUCCCCAACCUCCCUACCACCCUGCCCUGCGCCCCACACACCUCUAGCCCAGCAUGAACGAGAUCAGCGUCGUCAGAGAGGGCUGGCUCCACAAAAGAGGUGAAUACAUUAAGACUUGGAGGCCUCGAUAUUUCAUCCUAAAGAGUGAUGGCUCUUUUAUCGGCUACAAGGAGAAGCCGGAGACGUCAGACGCCAAUCAGCCACCUCUCAAUAACUUCUCUGUCGCAGAGUGUCAGCUGAUGAAGACUGAACGACCUCGGCCAAACACUUUUGUCAUUCGUUGCUUGCAGUGGACCACUGUUAUCGAGCGCACCUUUCAUGUGGACAGCAAUUCUGAAAGAGAGGAGUGGAUACGUGCCAUCCAGGCUGUGGCCAACGGGCUCAAGUCCCGGGAAGAGGAUGAGCCAAUGGAUAUCAACUUUGGCUCCCCUGGAGACAACAGUCUAGAGGGGAUGGAGGCUGCCAUCACAAAGUCCCGCACCAAAGUGACCAUGAGUGACUUUGACUACUUAAAGCUGCUGGGUAAAGGCACUUUUGGUAAGGUUAUUCUAGUGAGGGAGAAGGCUACUGGCAUGUACUACGCCAUGAAGAUCCUACGCAAAGAGGUCAUCAUCGCUAAGGACGAAGUUGCACACACAAUCACAGAAAGCAGAGUGUUGCAGAACACACGGCAUCCUUUCCUUACAACACUAAAAUACGCCUUCCAGACGCGAGAUCGACUGUGUUUCGUCAUGGAGUACGCAAAUGGAGGCGAGCUGUUCUUCCACUUGUCUCGAGAGCGUGUGUUUACGGAGGACAGAGCUCGCUUCUAUGGGGCAGAAAUCGUUUCAGCGUUGGAGUAUCUGCACUCUAAAGAUGUCGUCUACAGGGACCUAAAGCUGGAGAAUCUAAUGCUGGAUAAAGAUGGUCACAUUAAAAUCACAGACUUUGGCCUGUGUAAAGAGGGCAUUACUAAUGAGGCCACCAUGAAGACAUUCUGUGGGACCCCAGAGUACCUUGCUCCUGAGGUAUUAGAAGACAACGAUUAUGGCCGUGCAGUGGACUGGUGGGGUCUUGGAGUGGUAAUGUAUGAAAUGAUGUGCGGUCGGCUGCCGUUCUACAACCAGGACCACGAGCGUCUGUUUGAGCUCAUUUUAAUGGAGGAGAUCCGCUUCCCUAGAAACCUCUCACCCGAGGCCAAAGCACUGCUGGCCGGCCUUCUCAAAAAAGACCCCAAACAGAGGCUUGGCGGAGGUCCUGAAGAUGCCAAAGAAGUGAUGACACACAAGUUCUUCAACAACAUGAACUGGCAAGAUGUGCUUCAAAAGAAGCUCGUUCCACCCUUCAAGCCGCAAGUGACCUCAGAGACAGACACACGCUACUUUGAUGAUGAGUUCACUGCACAGACCAUUACUGUCACUCCACCUGACCAAUAUGACAGUCUUGACGCGGAGGACCCAGAUACACGCACACACUUCUCCCAGUUCUCCUACUCAGCCAGUGUGCGGGAGUGAACACCCCCUCCCUCUCCACCCCCCCUCCUCCCUAACUCUCUCACCCUUACCAGCAAGCCGGACGCCCCUCACAUACACAAACUCAUACAAGGACACGUGCACCAGCAACCCAAGCCCUCCAGGAACGGGUUCUAGGCGGAACUACGGCACCUGUGAACCAUCCACCCACAGACAGGGUGGUACCCUCUGCUCUCAGUCCUGGUUUCCGAUUGGCUCUUCAUCCAGCCAGUCACAAGCCUGACACUACACACUGCUACACAAUCCAGCAAUCACUGAUUAAAGCUCAACCAAUCAGGUACCAUCGAGAAACACGGCUCGGCACCAGCAGGUUUCAGGACACACACAUGCAUACGCUCGCACUCUAAACACUGGACUCUUGUAAACACACAAAUAUCAAACACACUCUAAAUUAUCUUGUGGGGACAAGAUAACGCAACCAAUUUGGACACUUCUCCCGCUGAUUGUUACAGUCUCAAAGCCAUAUUUCUGCAAAUGUACAAGUGCUCUUUCUGGAACUAGCUGUUACCAAUAGUGUUUUUACAGCCCGAGGACCGACGAUUGGGUAACACAGAAAAGAUUAGUGCUGUUUUUCUGCCUGGGUAGUGUACUGAAUGCUGUGUGUGUGAGUGGAUGAAUGCGUGUUUUCAGUCUACAUCUUCAACUGUGUGUCUUUUUGUGUUUCGAUUUUUGUACAUGGGCAUAAAGUUAAAGGAGUAGAACAGGGGUGGGAUUGUUAGGGGUUUGGGAGGCUCACACACUAUAGAUGUGAAAAUGUUUGUGCUUUAAAGGGAAGAGAGAGAGAGAGAGAGAGAGAGAGAGGAAGACAGCGCUAGCGUGUUAGCAGGGAGAUUAUGAUUUCCUCCCCAGCCGAGAGCCUUGGAGAAGCGUUGUCCUUCAUCUGGAGACUUCCAAGGUUAGUGUAUCAUAGAAAGAAUCAUGUUUUCAUUCUCUUUUUUUUUGCAGGCAUUGAUGUUAAAAUUUAUAGACUAAAGUACAAGAAACAAAGAGCAAAGUAAUUGAGGAUCUGAAUGUCAUGUUAUUUAACUGCGUCCGACUGGUUUUAAGUUGCAGACAGUGGAAACGCGUAUCUACACCAUUGUUGUCGCAGCCUUGACACUUUUUCAUUUCUCCUUUUUUUAUUUUAUUAGUUUAGUAAAGAAUAAUGGUUAGGAUGUUUGAGAGGAAAUGUUCAAGAUCAUCUCCAGAUUUGUAACGUAGGCGUGCUUGUCCAGACUGGACACGCCGCUUAGAUGUGUGAGGUGUCGUUUCUUCUUUUGCCUUUUUAAAGAUGCUUCAUGUAAGGAAAGUCAUUUUUGUUUUCUUUUGUUCGUUUGUUUGUUUUAUUCAUUAUUUUAUUUGGAUCAUUCUUUUUGUUCAUUCACCCACUCCCUGAAAUUUAAUUGUCUUGAUAAAUAUAUAUAUAUAAAAUAUAUAUUACAAUA